AUGACUUUUGACACUACAAAGUACUAUUUAUAUUCCUCAUUUUUUAGGUUCUUUGUGGAACGACCAGCUAUAUGGGAAGAAGAUCCUAGCUUGUUUAACAGUCGCACUAUUGCUGUUGACCAUUCUGUAUCAAAAUACACGGGGACUAAAAAAAGGGAAGAAGCAGAUCUUUCAGAUGUAUCAUUAGGCCCCAACCCUCUGCCAGAGUUAGCACACUUGGUGUUAGGCAUAGAGUCUGUGAGCCACCAGCACGAUGACUUUGUCACAUCUUGUGUGCUCAACAUGAUUUAUGGGAUGGGGCGCUUCAGUGCAGGUGGCCCAGGCAAGGGCAUGUAUACCCGCUUGUACACCAAUGUCCUUAACAGAUAUCAUUGGAUGCACAAUGCUAUGCUUAUAUCUGCAUAUAGUGACAGUGGUGUGUUUUGCCCUUCAUGCCUCUGCUCCCACCCCUCACACCUUGGAGAACUCACACAAGUUCUUACUAGAGAGUUUGCUGCUAUGGCUGGGUAUACAAGUAAGGAAGAACUCGAGAGGGCGAAAAAAAAACUUCAGUCAAUGUUACUGACAUACAGCUCCAGUGACUAUAAAUCUUCCUUUCCAGAUAAGGUGAAUACAGAUGACAUCAUGCGAGUAGCAGGACAAAUGCUGCGCAGUAAACCUGCAGUAGCAGCCCUGGGAACCCUUAGCCGUCUACCAAACUUAACAGAUAUCGAAGGCGCCCUAUUACAUCGCAAUGGACAGUUGCCAUCAAAAAGAAAAUUUACUCUGUUCCGAUAAUUUAGUAAAAUUAAAUAAUUCAAAUUC